ACUCCGGAAUCCCUGCAAGCUAGAGGCAGGCGUCACGGAGUACACGGGGAGCGAAUACAUUGGGGAAUUCGUAGAUGGGAGGAUGGAGGGCCAUGCCGAAUACAUCCUCCCAACUGAAACAAGAUACGUCGGGGAAAUGAAGGACGGCAUGUUUCAUGGCCAAGGAACCCUGUACUUCCCCAGCGGGAGCCGAUACGAUGCCAUUUGGGAAAAGGGUUUGGCUAUUAAGGGCACGUACACCUUCUCAGAUGGGCUUCAGUACGAUGCGAAGAACUGGCAUUACUGCGACAGCUACGAUCGGAGGUUUUACACGGAGAUCUGCCACGGCCUGAAGCCUACAGGUAUCUCUCAACUCACCAAUAUGGACCCGCCUAGAAAAAUCCCUGCAGGCUGUUACGACUGUGGAGACGGCUUCUACAACCCGACCACACGGGUGGUGAAGGACUACCAGGAUCGCUUUCUGAGAAACGCAGUGUGGUCUGCAUCUGAACCUCGAUAGCAGAAAUAACUGCUCCAACAAUGUCAGAAUACUGACCGUAUGGACUUAAUGAGAUGACCUUCUCCAGCACUGGGACUUCCUAAGAGGUUCCCAAGGGUCGUUACGACAACGGGCACAUUCCCCUUUACCCACCAACUGGAGCACCUGAAACUCCGAGACGACACCAGGUGUGCCUUUGACCGGGUGUCUGUGAGGACUGCAUGAGACCAGGUGUGCCACGUGCAGGGCAUGGCACCUGGGGCACGGAAGUGCUUCCCUAGCACCAGGCGCCCAUGGUCCUGGCCCAGAUGCCCCCUCCCCAGCCGCAGCCCUGACGCAGCCUGAGGUCUGACCUUGGAGGCCUCACCCCGAUCGUUCCAACGUAUUAAAACAAAACAUAUCCACACUCCCACAUUAAAUAUAAUUUUUUUGCUGUUAACACUUUGAAAGGAUUUUUAAAAUUUUGCUUGGCAAACUGUUUGACUACCAGUCUUUAACAAUGGCUGUGAUUUCUGAAAAGCCAUGUGCACACUGGAGAAAUCUCGCAAAAGGACGAAACCAAGCCUACAAACUGGCUUCAAGUGUAACGAAAUUGUUUUGAUUUCUAAAUUUAAUAAUAAAGC